CAGCCAGGUUGAGUAACCUGGACCCUCAACACACCCUCUUCUCCACUUCCAGGAUGGGUGGCCACCAGCACCUCAUCCUCGACCAUCCAGGUGGAGAUUGAAGAGGUCCCCUCUUUCUGAAGAACUCAUCUGUGCCCCAAGGAUGCUCCCUUCCCAGUCCUUUGCCAACAUCUUCUUCUUCCAGCCACCUGCUUUCCGAAUGAUUGGCAUAGGGCUGGAGGCCAUUCAUGGCUGGAUCUCCAUCCCCUUCUCCUCCACGUUCACUGCGGCCCUCACUGGAAACUGCCUGAUCCUCUUGGCUGUGAGGAGGACCCCCAGCCUGUACCAGCCCAUGUACUACUUCCUGUCUAUGCUGGCCCUCGUCGGUGUGGGCCUCACCUUGUCCACAAUGCCCACCACGCUGGCUGGGCUCUGGUUUGACCAUCGGCUCAUCAGCUUCAAUGCCUGUCUGGGCCAGAUGUUCUUCUUCCACUUCUCUGUGGUGGAGUCCUCAGUGCUCCUAGCCAUAUCUUUUGACUGCUUUGUGGCCAUCUCCAACCCCCUGCGCUAUGCAGCUGUCCUCACAAACAAUGUCAUCAUCAGGAUGGGGCUGGCCUGUGCUACCCUGUCUCUCUUCCCAGUGCCAUUCCUACUUAAAUGUCUGAACUUCUGCCCUAAUAAGACCCUCUUAUCCCAUUCAUUCUGUUUCCAUCCUGACGUGAUGAGAAGAGCCUGUGCUGACAUCACCAUAAACAUCCUCUAUGGGUUCUACGUGGUACUGUCCCCUGGGGGCAUAGAUUCCCUGCUCAUUGUCCUGUCCUACACUCUCAUCCUGCCCACGGUCCUAGGGCUGGCCUCUCCCAGGGAGCAUCGGGCCCUCAACACAUGUGUCUCCCAUAUCCUGGCUGUCUUUGUCUUCUUUAUUCCAGGUAUCACCUUGUCCAUGAUCCACCAUUUUGGGAGGCACCUGCUCCCCAUUGUACAUGCCCUUGUUGCCUAUGUGUACCUGCUGGUGCCCCCUGUGCUCAACCCCAUCAUCUACAAUGUCAAGUCCAAGCCCAUCAGGGAGGCCAUGCUCAGGGUCCUGAGGGGGAAAGGUCAGAGUUGAUGAUGCAGGAUGCCUGCAGGAUUGGGACCCUGAAAAGAGUUUGGUAAGCCAAAAAAAUAAACUUCUGGAUAGAUCAAGUCCCACCCAUAGUUUCGUUUUGGGCAUCUGGGAAAAAAAAUAAUAGAUAAUUAUGAGAGACUUUCAUUUUUUUAGUCUCUCACUUAUUUCACAUAUAUUUUCUCAAUGCUAACUUCUUUCAGGUCCUAUGUUAAGUACCAGGAACACAGAAAUGAUUUAUAAAUGGUCUUGCCCUUCAAACAUCUCACCUUUGAAUAUAUAUGAAAAAUACCCAAGGUGGAUUUCCCUGGUGGCACAGUGGUUAAGAAUCCGCCUGCCAAUACAGGGGACAUGGGUUCGAUCCCUGGUCCAGGAAGAUCCCACAUGCCGCGAAGCAAAUAAGCCUGUGCACCACAACUACUGAGCCUGCGCUCUACAGCCCGCAAGGCACCAUACUGAGCCCAUGUGCCACAGCUACUGAAGCCUGCAUGCCUAGAGCCUGUGCUCUGCAACAAGAGAAGCCGCCGCAAUGAGAAGCCCAUGCACCGCAACCAAAAGUAGCCUCCGCUCACCACAACUAGAGAAAGCCUACGGGCAGCAACGAAGACCCAAUGCAGCAAAAAAAAAAAAAAAAAAAAAAAAA